AUGUCAUACCUUAUUCCUCUAGCACUAUGCAUACACCGCACAAAUAUACGUGGGAUGAGCUCUACGCCUCCGCCCCCAAGGUCUCAAAACGCCGACUACACUUGGCCUCGAUGGCUCACCAUCCAACAACCUCAAGCGCGUCUCAAAGAGAUGGCAACUCGAUACUCGAAUUCCCCAUCCACUGGGUGA